CUGAGGUAGACAUGUGACUGAGACACGGAACUUUCAAAGAGUUCCAGGAUGCUUUUCCACACAAACAGAAAGCUCAAUGAGUGUCAUCUCAUAAUUCUGUAUCUUCUCCUGACACAGUGCCUUAGAGGCAAGUCUCAGCUGAUUAACUCACCUCAGACUAUAAUAGCAACACUUGGUCAUGACAUAAUUUUGCCAUGUAAUCUGGUACCUGGGGAAGAUGCUUCUGACUUGACAUUAGAGUGGACGAGACCUGACCUGAACCCUAGAUUUGUCCAUGUGUGUCGUUCUGGUGAAGAACUUGUGGAUAUAACACACGAAUUAUUCAAGAAAAGAACCUCACUGUUCACUGAUGAGCUGAAGUUGGGAAACAUUUCAUUGAAACUUUCCAAAGUGAAAAUCCAUGAUCAAGGAACAUACAGAUGUUUUAUUCCAAAAAAGGACAGGCAAUCUUUUGUUCAACUAGUUGUUGGAUCAGAUGCUGUCACCUCACCAGUCAUAACUUUAGCUGAUACUGAUAAAGCCAAUAGAUUGGUUUUACAGUGUGAGUCUAAAGGCUGGUAUCCAGAGCCUGAGGUGUCCUGGCUGGACUCUGAGGGAAACCUCCUCUCUGCUGGACCUACAGAGACAGUCAGAGGUCCUGAUGACCUCUAUACUGUCAGCAGAAGAUUGACUGUGGAGAAGAGCGACAACUUCACCUGUAGAGUCCAACAGAAGAACAUCAACCAGACCAGAGAGACACACUUCUAUGUUCCAGAUGAUUUCUUUGAGCUACAGUCCAGUUCUUCUGCUGUCACAGUUGGUUUGGCUGUUAGUUUGGCUGUUUGCAUCACAUUCAUUUUUUCAGUCAUCUUUCUUUUCUGGAAAUGGAGACAAAAGAUAAUCAAGAUCAAGACAAGCCGCAGAGAUGAAACUGAUGGUGACAAAGAAGAAGCACAGCCACUGAGGACACGUGAAAAUGUAGAAGUGAACAAACAAUUGGAAACUGAACUGCAGCAGCUCUGUGGAGAGAAGCAGAGGAAUGAGAACGAGCUGCAGACCCUGAAGAAAGAAGUGGACAGCAAGAACAAAGAGGUCGAGAAGCUCACAGAGGAGAAGCAGAAGCAUGAAAAGGAGCUGGAAGACAAGAGAACAGAGGUCAAGAAGCUCACAGAGGAGAAGCAGACGCUGAACAAGGAGCUGGAAGACCUGAGAACAGAGUUGGAAACUCAACUGCAGCAGCUCCGUGAAGAGAAGGAGAGGAACGAGAACGAGCUGCAGACCCUGAAGGAAAAACUGGAGAAGAACAAAGAGUUACAAGACAUAAAAACUAACUUCAGUACAUAGGGAGCUCCAAAAGGAGAGGCAGAGGAUGACGGAAGCGGAGAAAGAAAUGGAGAAUCAGAAGAAAGCGCUGAAGGCCAAGAUGAAGGAGGUCAAUAAAUAACUUUAUUUACUUUACUCCAACAUUCCAUUUUUGUUCUUGUUUUGCAUUUUACAAAGUGUUCUCCUCAAAAUGUGGAAAAAUGCAGCUGAAGAUCUAAUACACUUAUUUUUGAAUUCAUCUACUCGUGGUAAGCUACUGUAGCUUUCGGGUGUGUGUUGAAAAAAAAAGUACGGUGAUUGUACAUAGUCCUAGUUUUUUAUUCUCCUGUGUUUUGUAUUGUUUGUAAUUCAAUGCAUCCUGUCAUUUUAUAAUUCUUUACUCCAUGUUUUCCAUAAUAAUGAGAUUAAAGAGCCAUAAAUAAAGUUUCAUUUCAACUCCAUUUUUCACUGUUCAGAAUUUUUUAGAUUGUUUUCUUCAAGUAACAUGAACUUCCAAAUAUAUCUACUUUGUCUGUGAGAUACAACUUUACAGUUUGUAGAAUGUUCUUCAUUCUAUGACAUCGGUAUUAUAUUAUUGCCAACUGUAUAAGAACUGUUUGUUCUUAUGUAAA